AUGGCAUCUUGUACAAGGCUUUAUGAUCAGCUAGAUAAAAUAUCUAAUUUACUUUGUGAUUUCACUGAAUUAUCCAAAACAUAUCUUAAAAAAAAUUCAAAAAAGUUGAUAGAUUUACAAAAUAAAUGGUCAAAAAAUAUUUUAAAAAUGGAAAACUUAGUUAAGCAUUUGAAAAUUUUAGGUUAUGAUUAUGCUAUACCACAAGAAAUAAUAGAUUUUAAAUUUGAAGAUCUGUUAUCUUCCUCUUAUGCUUCAUCAUCAUCAUCUACAUCCAGAAUUUUUGAUAAUCAGAAAAAAAAAAAUAAAAAUAUUAGCAAUAGCAAUAACAAUAAUCCUUUUACUACUAAUACCUCAUCACAAAUUACAACUACCACUGACACCACCAUCACCAAUAAUAAUACAUGGAAAGAAGCAAAAACCAAUUAUGUUGUAGUGUUGGAUAGUGAUGAUGAAAAACCACAAGAAGUUAAUAAAUGUGAUGGUAGUGUUGUUGAUGUUAUUAUGAUAGGCACCGAAUCUAAUCCGCUUAUUAUAAAUGAUUCCUGUGAGGAAUUAUGCGGAGAAUUAAUAGAAAAAGAAGAAGAAAUAUUUUUGGAGAAUAUAAAAAAUACACUUGAAAUAUAUGAUAAUGAAUUUGAUUAUAGAAUUAAAAAUGGAUUCCCAUUAAAUUCAAAAAAAUUAAAAGAAAAAUAUGUCAGUGAUGAUAGUGCUAUGGAAUCGGGAGUUGAAAUUGACACAUCAAAAUUGGAACCAAUUGAUAAACUUAGAAAUUUGCAGUGUAUAGAUUUUCACCAAGGUAGUGGUGAUGUUAAUGAAAUGGCAUUUCAUAUUUCAAAGUUCAAAAACCACGAGGGGCCCAAACUUGCAAUUGCUUACAUAGCAAAUCAUGACCCAAAAUAUAAUAUGACAGGUAAUCUACAAUUAUUUGAUGCCAGGAAAGGAACUGUAUAUUACUUACAAGGACAUUAUGAUCAUCAUACAGAAACUACAAAUGAAAAAUUAUGGAAAUCUGUCACAGAUGUGAAAUUUUCUCAGAGGGGAAAAUUUAUUUAUUCCUGUUCCACUGAUAAAAAAGUCAUUAUCUGGUCAUCAAUAGGUAAAGAAGAUCAAAUUUGCACUCCCUUGGCAACUGUAGAAUGUGAAGAUACUGUGAAUCGAAUUGCUGUUAAACAUGACAAAUCUAAGGUCACAUAUCAAUUUGCAUCAUGUGACAAUUCAGGCAGCAUCACAUGUUUUAGUUUGAAUGCAGAUGAAGGUAAUUCUUAUAAGCUAGAUAAAAAUAUUUUGCAAAUGAAAACAAAAAUAACAACUGCACCACCUAUUGUUGACAUAGUUUAUGGUGUUGACUAUUUUGAUCAGACUAUUGUUGCUG